AUGAACGAUACACUAGGCAAUAAAGAGCAAUCUCUUUUUCAAUCCGAAUCACCUGAUCCUAGUCUUAUUCAAGCCGCUAUACUUCGGCCAGAGCAUGAUUAUAAAUCUCAAAAUUGGAAAAAUGGUCUAGGCAUCACGGAUGAGAUUGCUAUCUAUCCACCUGAUAAGAAUUUUGUCAAGGAUGAAUUCUUUUGGAGGUUUAGUACGAACCUUAUGCAAGCCAAUUGUAGUUUCUCUGUUUUUCCCGGAUAUGAUUGUACUACGGUUCUUUUGCCUGGUCAACAUCAAAAGAAGAAACCUACGCUUUCUUUCCUGCAAUUCAUGCUGAAGCGGGAGCUCGGAAAGGCUCAAGUACGUAUAGAAAAAAUCGAUUCUUUUGAAACAGAUCUUCAAGGCGAUGUUGAUUCUGGAAAAAACAUGUUGUUUGGUGCGUUUGCACUUGUGUAUGUGGUAGAGGGGUUUGUGAGUGUCAAGUUGGAUGAAAAUCAUGCACAUCGACAACGAUUUGAACUCAAGCAUGGUGAAACACUUUUUGUGGAACGCGAUGAAGACGCAAGUCCUACCAGUAUUUUAUUAAACGCAAUAGAUGAAAAUGGCGAGGCUGCUACUCCUGGAACAGAGGCUACUAUCAUUAUGAUUCAGGUCGAAGAAGGCAAAACGUUUGGUGGUAUCUUACCUAAAAAACAAGCAAAAGCAAUCGAAUCAGAGCCUGAUCAUAAAGGUAUUGUACCCAGUCAAAGAAGACCUUCUCUUCGUCGUCCCAGUCUACUUGUUCCCAUACAGAAGGAACCUAUGCUGGCACCCACUGCACAGAAUGAAAUACAAGACAAGAUCAAUUUAUUGGAUAUUCAUGCUUCUCAAGACACUGAGCAUCGUCGACCUACGCAUCAAAAUAAAAGAAGAGACAGUUUAAAUACUGAACUCUUUGAUCCUGAUGCUAUUUAUGAACCACCCGCUUUUGCGUUAAUGCAUGAUGAUUCAGAAAUGCCACCACCUGUCAUUCGAGAUAAACUAGAAGUGGAUGAUUUCCCUUUGAAUACGAUCAGUACAGCCUGGAUUAAGAUGAUGACACAGGGUUUGAGUGAAUGGCUUAAACUUCCAGUGAUUGUUUGUCGAGGCAAAGAAGACGGAGUGAUAUCUCAGAUUGAUGUCAGUAAACUCAAAGGCACAGUUGUAGCCGUACCUUGUGUCAACAUUUGGGGCUAUCUAAAGUUUCAACGAGAAUUUGCAGAUGGGCGUGAUUUGAAUCGUCAAUUCCCAGGCAAAGAAGACGGUUAUGCCUCUCAGGUUUUUUGUUAUCAUCUGAUGAGCAAAAUUAUUUCUCAAUUCAAUUAUAUGGUUGAUUUGCACACUGCUAGUUUUGGUCGAGUUAAUUCAUACUACGUGAGAGCAGAUAUGAAUGACGAUGUUGGGGGAAGUAUGGCUAAAUUACAACAACCGCAAAUCUUGUUGCAUAAUUCAGGCCAAGAUGGUACAUUAAGAUCUGCUGCGGCUGCAAGAGGCAUUAAAGCCAUUACAGUCGAAAUUGGUAAUCCACAAACCUUUCAAGAUCUUUAUGUUCAGUGGUCAUUUAUGGGUAUUAUGCGAAUUUUGGACCAUUUUGAAAUGUACUCGUUAAAAGACGUCAACGUAUCAGAUGCUUUGCGAUUUUCCAAAACGGGCGAUGACCACACAGGACCUUCACACACUGUCUUGUGUUCAAGAGGAUUUUGGCUUUAUACAAAAACUGGAGGAAUAUUAGAAGUAUAUCCCAACGUCAAUGCGCUAAUCAGAAAAGGAGAUGUUAUUGCACGUAUAAAAAACAUGUUUGGCAACGUAGUAGAAGAAUAUUUUGCUCCCUGUACAGGCGUGGUUAUUGGACAUAGUUCUAAUCCAGUAGCUAUGGCUGGUGAUCGUAUUGUCCAUAUGGGCAUUAUUAAACGAACGGACGAAGUAUUAGCUAAAGCAGCAAAAGAAAACUAUUAA